AUGGCAAGGCUAUUCUGUGCUAUGAUCAUUCUCUUGCUUGUUUUAGCAACAUCAGCAGCACCUUCUUGUAAAAUUGUUUCAAAAGGGAUAGUGCCCUGUUUGUAUUACAUUAGAGGGAAACAUCAUCCAAUAUCGGAGAAGCCAUCAACAGCGUGCUGCAAAGGACUGAACAAUAUACAGAGUGGGGUAAACAAUGACGAGGAUCGACUAGCUGUUUGCAAGUGUAUGGAGAGUGCUCUUUCGCGUAUCCAUUAUGAUCCCACUCGUAUCGGACUAGCUAAACUACUGUGCACGCAUUCAUCUCUGGCUUCCGUUGGCCCUAAGAUCCGCAUUUGUCCAAGAAUUGAAUCCAUUACCUUGAAAUGUGGAGGAUUAUUAGCAUUCCAUGAUACUUGUGUGCUAACCGCCCAAGAAAUUCAGGGGAAUAUGAAUGUAGCGCUUGAUGCAAGAAAUAAAGCAUAA